UUGGAUGGGUUUGUCUGUGGACAUCAAGAUCAGAAGUGGUCUCAGCUUAUUGCUCCUUUCCAUUUGGGCAAUAACUAAGCCCAGUAGUACUAAUCCUUCUUUAUUUAUGAAUUUCGAAUCACAUUGCCUAAUGCCUCAACCCUUUCUUUAUUAUUAGGAAGAAGAAGAAGAAAUGGGAAUGGCAAGUAGGAGUAUAGGAUUGAAGGAAAUAGGAGAAGCAUUAAAGAAAGCAAAAUCAGGAUGGUACUCCCUUCACAUGGCAGCUGCGUCUCAUGCCAUUGCUCAAAGAAUCCCAUUAGUUGAUUUCAUUCUUGAAGUCAGAGAUGCCCGGAUUCCUUUGUCAUCCCACUGUCAGCUUUUGAGCAACUUCCCGCCUUCCUCUCUUCGCCGUAUUAUAGUAAUGAACAAGACCGACCUUGCUAAUCGCUCCCAACUCAAGGAUUGGACUAAGUAUUUUGAACAACAAAACUGCAUUUCUUAUGGAGUCAAUUCCCAUAACAAGGAAAACGUCAAUGAUGGGGACAUUAUUUGUUGUUCCGCAUCACUUUGCUUACAGUGUGACCUUCUUUGUAGCCAGGAAACCAAGGAUGGAGCUUACAGUGUGACAUUCUUUGUAGCCAGGAAACCAAGGAUGGAGAGUGGAAUUUUGGAUCAAAGAACUAUUUAUUUGCCUCUCAUUUUCCAGAUUGGUAGCCAUCCCAAUAUUUAUGUAUUGGAUACCCCAGGAAUUUUACCUCCCCAGAUUCAUGACUCUGAAGUCUGCACCAAGCUAGCUUUAACAGGAGCAAUUGAAAACUUGGUUGGGGAAAAAGAACUUGCUCGAUAUUUUCUUGCUAUUCUCAACACAAGUGAUGGAUAUAAGAAAUGGGAAAGGUUAUCCACACAUGGAAAUGACAAAUCAUUUACAGGGCAGGAAGUAGAAGGCUCAAGUGACUCAAAGUUAAACAUGAAACGAAAAAGGCAAUAUCCCUCCGAUCACACUCAGGAUUUCAUGGUGAAUAGGGUACGUCGGACUCUGUUUGAAUCUAUUUCUUGUUUGGAUGGAAAUGUACAAAAUGAGAAGGAUUUGGAGGAGCUAAUUGAAGUGCAAUUCACAGCGUUGAGAGAAGCUUUCCUGGUUUCUUUGGAACCAGUCAACGAUUCUCAGACCAAGAUUUCAGCUAAGUUGCUCAAUCUUUAUCGUACUGGGAGGCUUGGACACUACACUUUAGAUCCUCUCCCUUUGUAAAGUAAAUUUCCCAAGUCUGUAUACAGCAACAAGAAACUGUAAAAUCAGUUUGGUUGGCUACUCUAUGUUGUGUUCAGAUCCAUUGUUUAUGUUCAUUCAAUCCUCUCUCAUUUGUAUUUUUUAAAAAUGGGGGAUCUUGUAUCUUGGAAAAAUCAUGGACAUGUGGCAGAAGGUUUGAAUGAACAUAAAAAUUUUGGGUCCUCAGGUCUACCGUUA